CCAAGAGAAUUCAGCACGCCAGCUGAGGCUUGACUAAUAUUAGCCAAGCUUCUAGACCUCGCUGAAGCUUCCAACCUAUCAAAAGUACGAAGCAUUCAUUUGUACUAAUCAUCAAACUUGUUUUCAGUUAUUUUCAGGUUAUCAGUAACGGAAGAGAUCCCAUAUGGACGGUCUUCCUUUUCCUACUGUGUAAUGCGAGAGAAAUUCAAAUUCAGAUAAGUCUCUCCGCAUGUAGGUCAUAUACAGUACCAAAUUCGAGGUUGGUGGCCGUGGACUCAUUCAGGGAAUCAGAGGGAACUUCCUGACAGGCUGUGGGGACCUCUUAGAAGCAGUGACAACUUUAGCGAAGGUUACCGGGCCAGCAUGUCUUGUAAUCAUGACAACGUUGCCCUCGGUACCGAGGAUCAAUUAAUUUCGCUUCGACACCAGAUCAAUGAAAUCCAGGAGCACAUCGACUUGCUCAUGAUGCAAAGCGCCAUUAUACGGGAGCGGAGGAGUCUCCUUCAACAACAACCAGAUGUCAAACCGCUUGCGAUAACGGAGCAACAGGAUCAUCCAUGUCCGGAGACCAGCCAUGUCAAUUUCCUGGACAUGGAGGAUACUUUGAAUUCCGUCGUCUCAGGUCCAUCUUUAGCGCUGAAGGGCGCAGGCGGCAUCCGAGCGUCUCCCCCCCGCUCAGGAUCAACAAUGACCACCCUUUCUGAUGCUACAACCAUUGUUCAUACACCCGCGAAGCCUCAGGGCAGCACUUCCCAGGUGCGUGCCAAACCGCGGAGAUGCAAGCCGGGACGUCGUGAAUUUCACGGAAGAUCUGCACGGCAUGAACCUCCUGCUUUGUUUCAGGGGUGGGUGGACGUCUCUGGUAGCAUAUUCUAAAUACUUCCGUUGGUUUGAUACCAGCGAUACAUGACAUUGAUGACAUUA